CCGCGUGAAAGCCUCGCUCUGCCGGGGCCGGCCAUGCCUCUGGCUGGGCUGCCGGCGCGGAGAGGGAGCCGGAGAGGCGGCGGCGGCGGCGGCGGCGGCAGCAGCAGCGGCGGCCGGCCGCGCUGAGCCCGCGCCCAUGUUCUCCUGCUUCUGCUUCAGCGUCCAGCCCCAGAGCUUCGGCAGCGCAGCGCUGCCCGAAGAUGAAAACAAGGAAAACUACCCAGACAAAUCUGUAGUCUUAGAGGAAAGUGAGGAACUGUUUCAAGACAAGGCAACACCCUGCGAUGGCAUUCUAAGAGUUGGCAUGGGGAACUUAAAAUCCAGAAAGCCUACAUCCAUUCCAAAAGCAGAAAAUGGGAAAACCCGUGAAGAAAAUCAG